GGCUUACCAUAUGACCUUGUGGCGUGAAAUAAAUACACCUGCCCAACUGUUCGGUCAUUGGAACUUUUCGGUACAGCGAGGUAAAAAGCCGUAAGAUAAUUCCCCAAAGUUUUUUACUUACUUGUUAAGGACAGAGCUCAACGGCGAUACUCUAAUUUGUGUAUUAGACAAUCAAGCGUUUUAGAAAUUUCAAGGUUACGGCGCCAACUUCAGUACCUAAUGCUGUAACAGUAUCGAAAGUCAUUACGUGUAACUUUAUUAAUGCAGGUUUGUUUUCCUUAUUGCAGGACAACAGAAAGUGAACGUAUUAGAAGAAGAAGAACAAAGCUUGCGCAAACUAAACCUGCUGGAUGAUGAGUAAAACUAUUUUGUAACAGACUUCUUUUUUUGUACAAAAGCGCGUAUUUCAAUUUCUAAUAUAUCUCUGUUGUGCUCGCACGCCGUGUUCUCACUUGAGUGGCAUCUGCCAGUCCUGACUGUUGUGUUGUGUUUCAGAUUGCUCCUGCCUCCAGGUAAACGCUAAGAAUAUGUGCUACAAUGCUAACGUACGAUCGUUUCAUAGGGGAUUUCAUACAAAACGUGAUAAUUGAGCGGCUAUAACAAAUAAAACGGCGUAUCUGAGUACAUGCAACUGCAAACUUAUUUUGCUAUAUUGACGUGCAUUUUCUGAUUCCAGUUCAAAUAAAUGUGGUUGGUCUUCUUCAGCUUCAGCUUAUGCUAGUCCUCCAUCUGUUCUAUCCCGUAAAUUAGUUAAUUUCUGUCAGGAGAUAGUAUUGUUCAUUUAAUGACCUGAUAGGUAAUAACAAUAUCUGAGCUUGAAUACAUGAACAGGACAUCUAUCUUUGUGGCAUCGUCUGUUUUUGUGGCAUCUGCGUUCACUUUGUUUUGUUUCUCGAGAUUAUUUCAAAGACCGCAUGUUAAAAAAGUCUCGUUCAAGCCAUCAGUGCCUCGUUUCACAUUAGGCGAUACGUCACUCCCUAAAGUUAUCGAAUUCGACAAGGGAAAUUUAACGCUUGAUUUCUGUACAUCCAUCUGUACACUGAUCAAUAUAUCUGAUUAUGACACAAGACAAAAGCUUAUCAUCAGUCUUCAUCAAGCUUCAUCAUUUCGUCGGAACUUUGAUGUUAUUAGGGACUCUAAGUGCCUGGAACUCCUCCUAUCUCUCCUGGAUUCUACCUCAGGGACGUUAUCAGGACGCCAGCAAAACCUAAACAUUCUUCACGUUGUAAUGAACUUGGCGUGCGAUCAACAAAAUUUUCCAAUCAUAAAGGACUAUCUCGAUGAUAUUUUAUUAAUAGCAAAUGCAGUGGAAUACAGUGAUCAAGCAUGCGUUGCUCUUCAGGUCUUCGGUAAUAUAGCAUUAACUCCAGAUGGAUGCAAAUUGCUACGUAAUAAAUGUGGUUAUCUCUGUAAUAUGUUAAAAAUGCGCGAUCCAUACGUCCUACGAAAUCUACUAGUAGUUUUUGUGAAUCUGUCCUGUGACAUAGAUUGUUGUGGUGAAAUUCUUACACAGGAUCAUGAGGAAUUUAUGAAAACUUUGGAGUAUUCAUUGUCUUCGAGUGCACCCAUAUCAGUUUCUCUAAAAAUGAUCGUUCUACUCAAUAAUCUAUAUUCUCGGAUGAUACAGAAGCAAGAAACUUCACGGAAAUCAUCUGAUUCCUCACCCUCUUCAAAGUCUAUAGCUAAUUCACUUAAGAAUAAUUGCACUCUAGUUAAAUCGUGGAUUAUGUUCUUGAUAUCUUCAUCAAAAGACCUGGGUGAACUCGAAUUUCAUUUGCAAAAGCUUGCAUCUUCUUUGGAAAAAGUGGAAAAUUUCAACGUUGAGUUAUGAUGUCCAGUGAUUUUGCCAUCAUACAUUACAUUUAUCAAAUGUUAAUCAAAUUUUUGUACAUUUUUAUUUUUCCUCAAAUAAACUUCAUUUCUUUCGA